AUGAAUAUUCGUUGGAGUCCGUUUGUUUUUGUUAUCCUCCUUAUUUAUGUAUAUAAUGGAGAAGCAAAACAGGCCGUCGAAUGCGGCCCUAACGAAAUGCCAAAGGAAAAUCCACAUGACUGUGUCCCCGACUGUUGCCCCAUAGGGGAGAAUGCCCCUUGCCCCAAUCCAUGCCAAGCAGGACCCUGUCGGUGUUCACUAAUGAGUAGCCGCGCCAGAAACGGAACGUGUAUCGAUACAAGACACUGUCCUCCUUUUAAAUGUGGUAGAAACGAAGUGUACGACUCCUGUCCCGUCUGCUCAGAGUUGUGUUCCAAUUCCUAUCCCGGGACUAAACGCUGCAGAUCCAGGUUCCAUGUAGGCUAUACGGUGAUCUGUAAGCCAAAGUGCCGAUGCAUCGACUACUACUGGAGGAACAAUCGUAAUAAAUGCGUACCUUAUUUCCAAUGUCCUCAAUUUCUAGAUGGAUAUCAAGAGGAAUAG